AUGGAGAAUAAUGGUCCUAACGAUGAAGAAAGUCUAUCAGUUUCAUUCCAAAGACACAGAGAUCAAUUGGAAUACAUGGCUCCCACCGAAGACGGCUCGGUGGUAUGCAAGUCGUUUUUGACGUUCGAGAAUGUGGUGUCGCCCACCGCCGGCACCCAAUUCCAAACCGUCGAUCAAGGUACCGCAUCUUCUCGGUUUAUCAGAUCUACGAUGUAUAACAUCCCAGAGACCGAGCAGCUCAGACUGGCGUCCAAGCUCCCAGUGGCAGUAACAGUACGCCCGUUUGCUCCGUUACUCGAGACCGAGGACCCGGUUCCGUUGGUGGAUAUGCGGACCGUGGGAAGAGAUUACCUAGACAAAGAAGACGUUGGGCCCAUCAGAUGUCGCCGGUGUCGUACUUAUAUGAACCCAGCCGUACAGCACACCAACACGGAUCGGUUCACAUGCAACAUUUGUCUUUUCCCCAAUAACAAAACUCCCCCAGACUAUGCUGCCAUGUUAAAUCCUUCCACAAACCAAAGAGUGGAUGUGGGACUCAAGCCAGAACUCCACCGAGGGGUUUAUGAUAUCUUGGUGCCCGAUUCCUAUAACUUGGGAGGACCUGACAAGAAACCUGGCGUCUUGCAUCAUGUCUUGCUCAUCGACAUCACUGUUGAGAGUAUCAAGAGAAGUUUGCCGAUGGUAAUUGCAGAUGCUAUCCGGUCGGUAUUUUAUGGUUCCUCUGAUGAGGUGGGUGAUGACCCGGUGCCGAAGGAAAGCAAGAAGUUUGCCAUUAUUCUCUUUGAUAAACGGAUGCAUUUCUUCAAUCUUUCUAGUAAUCUCGAUUCCACCCAGAUCACUAUUUGUUCAGAUUUAGACGACCCGUUCAUUCCAUUCUUUGAGGGCCUUUUUGUUGAUCCAGAAGAAAGCAGAAUCGCCAUUGAAGAUGCCUUGAACAACAUCGAACAGCUCGGUUCCGAUGACAGCUUGAGGGCUGAUGAUGAGCCGUGUUUCUCAGUGGCCUUGAGAACUGCCAUGCUCUGUUUGGCAGAAGUGGGAGGUGGUAAAAUCACCGCUGUGUUGUCUGCAUUGCCCUCGUGGGGACCCGGAGCCUUGAAGUUCAAAGACAACAAGACCCAAGCUGCCACUAUUUCUCCAGAAGUUCAAAAGAAGGUAUACUCAGCUGACAACGAUUACUAUAAGUUGUUAGCCAAAGACUUCAUUAAAGAAAACGUCGGGUUAGACUGUCUUGUGGUGUCACAAACGGCCGUCGACUUGUCGAAUAUUGGCUGGUUAUGUUCAGUUACAGGAGGGUCUGUGUUUAGAUGGUCCAACUUUGUCGUGGAAAGAGAUGCUCGUGACUUCACCGGCCGGUUUGUUGGUUCGAUUGUCAAGACGGUUGGUUAUCAAGGUCAGUUGAAAUUGCGGUGCUCCAGUGGUUUACAGGUGGCCCAAUACUAUGGUACUUCUUCCUCAAUUGCAGAGAUUUCGGUGGUGGGUGCACACACCCAAGAUCCCGUUAUCCCUGUUUUGUCGGAAGACCAUACCUUCACGAUUCUUUUGGAAUACGACGGAAAGUUGACUACUAGCCAUGAUUGCCAUUUUCAAGCGGCCCUUUUGUAUACGGAUUCUGAAGGAGUCAGAAAGGUCAGAGUGAUCAAUUUGGUGUUGGCAGUAAGCGAACGUCUUGAUGAUAUCUUCAACUUUGUUGACCAAGAUACUGUGGUGACAACCAUCGUAAGGGACACCUUAUCUUUCGUUGGUAGACAAACGUUUAAGGAGUUGAGAGAAUCAUUAAAUGAAAAAUUGGUGGAAAUCUUCACUCAGUAUCGUGCCAAAAGCGAAUUAGGCCAUAAUGCAAAGAGCACUUUGACAAGUCGUCUUUUGAUGCCUGAUUCUUUAGCUGAUUUACCCAUGUAUAUCUUGGCAUUCUUGAAGUCGACUGCUAUUCGUGAUAGUAAUCAUAUAUCUGCAGAUGCCAGGUUGGAAGAUGUUUUCCAGAUGUUGAACAUGCCUAUUGAGAGAUUAAUGUACCAUCUUUACCCAGCCUUAGUGGAAUUACAUUCGUUAUACCCACAUGAAGGGUUAUUCCCCAGUGAGGAUGCUAAUCCUCUGCGGUUCAUCUCUUUACCAAGAUACAAGGAUUUGUCUUUGCAUAAGUUACAAGAUGGUAUCUACAUUAUGUGUGAUGGUAAACGGGUCAUUGUUUGGGUGAGACCCAAUGCUAAUCCUUUGCUCAUUAAAGACUUGUUUGGAGAUCACAUCGAAUCUAUAGAGUCGAUUGAUGCUUUAAACGACGAGCUACCCGACUUACCAACAGAUAUUUCUACUCAGGCCCGCAAUAUCAUCAAAUUCUUCAACUCCCAGAUCAAUGGCCUUAAUAAUAUUGGUUCCGCAGGAAUCCAAAUCGUUAGAGAGACGCUUGACGGGUCUGAUAUCUUCUUCAAAGAACAUUUGGUUGAAGAUGGAUCGAAGUUGGCGGUGAACAUCCACAAUUCAAGCUACCCCGAUUACUUAGCAAGGUUACAUAAGGCCAUUAGAGUCAAAUUGGAGAAUGAUAAAACCUAUAGUAAAGUCAAGCAGUCCAUAAGGUCGGCUGAAAACCAUGAAACCUUGGCUCAAAAGUACAUUCAGUUUUAG